GUGUCACUUCCGGUCAUUCCACAUUGUGACUUGUGUCAUCCGUCCUACACUGUGCGCAUCCUUAACAUGAACUUUACAUUUAUUUUACACCCGUACUCGGGUAAAACGAUUCACUUUGGGAAACGACAGCUUUAAAAUGUUUACAUCUUUGAGGAACGUAAUGAAAAAAUCUGAUUUAGCAAACAGGAACGCAAACUAACGCGUUUACGCAUCUGCUGUCCUCCAUAUUUCUGAUGCAUCGGACCGUCCGACGGAUAAAGAGUCGAGACUAAAAUUUUCAACGAGGUUAAGUUUUUCUACACUAGUGUUUCACUAUCACUGAAUAAAACCAAACGCUUGGCCUUAUGGAGAAUGGCGACUGGAAACACAUGAUGACGGAUACCGUUACCCUAAAUGUUGGCGGCCAUUUGUACACGACAUCACUGACGACUCUCCAGCGUUAUCCGGACUCCAUGUUGGGCGCCAUGUUUCGUGGCGACUUCCCCACCACGCGAGAUGCCCGGGGCAACUAUUUCAUAGAUCGAGACGGUCCUCUAUUCCGUUACAUUUUGAACUUUUUAAGAACCUCAAAACUGACAUUACCUUGUGACUUCAAAGCCGAACUUCUGAGGAAGGAAGCUGACUUCUACCAGAUAGAGCCGUUGAUCCAGUCUUUAGGCGACACCACCAAGCCGCUUUACCCCUUGGACACGUUCGAGCAAGUGGUAGAACUUUCAAGUACUCGUAAGCUGUCCAAAUAUUCGAACCCUGUGGCUGUCAUUAUCACCCAACUCACCAUCACCACCAAAGUUCAUGCGUUGCUGGAAGGCAUCUCCAACAACUUCACCAGAUGGAAUAAACAUAUGAUGGACACUAGGGACUUUCAAGUGUCCUUUACUUUUGGACCAUGCGACUACCACCAGGAGGUGUCCCUUAGGGUGCAUCUGGUGGAGUACAUCUCCAAACAAGGUUUCACGAUUCGAAACACGAGAGUGCAUCACAUGAGCGAACGAGCCAAUGAAAACACGGUGGAGCACCAUUGGACGUUCUGUAGAGUUGCGCAGAAGGUUGAGGACUAAAUAACACUGCAUUCAAUUCUAUUGCAACCCAUAAUGCCAAAAUGGAUUUAAAUGGAUCGCUUGAUGGCCCUAAAAUAUUUAACGGUUAAGUGUGUAAUUCUUUAAUGUGAAAGUCUGUGUAAAGUCAGAUAUUAAAUGUGUUUCAGUUUGUCACACCACAGAAAAAUGUGUUAUUAAAGGACAAGUUCGGUAUUUUACACUUAAAGCCCUGUUUUCAGAUUGUUUAUGAUGAAAUAGAACAGUUUUGACUGAAAUUUGGACAUAUGAUGCUGGCCCGAGAAUUUUCGGGUGUUUCUUGUAUCACCUCACACCUCUAUAAUGGGUUUAUGGGAGCACAUGAACAAUCCUUCCUAAAAUGCAUUAAACUUUCAUUUACAAAGACGUGAAACUCACCGAGUGGUCAGGGGUGUUCACUUAUAUGCUCACACAAAAAUCGCUGCAAAAGAUGUUUUCCAACAGCUGUUUUACCGUUCGUUGUAAACUUGUGGACCUAUUUUUCCAAACGCCUCACACCCGUAUAUUCUUCCGUUGAAAGCUUGAAUAAUAGACACUCCAGCCCAGUUGGUGGUGAUAAUCCGCCUUUGCCAAUUGCAAGAAUACAAACGGGUUCCCGGCGCGGAGUAAUACCGUACCUCACAGCACAUCUAAUACAAGUCAAUGGAGUUGGCAAAAACUACGAUAAAACCUGUUUCAUCAUAAACAAUCUGAAAACAGGGCUUUAAGUGUAAAAUACCGAACUUGUUCUUUAACCACUAGGGCUGCAAAACGAUUAAUUGCGACUAAUCGUUUAGCAGAAUAAACGUUUUUGUUUAAAUCAUAUGUGUGUGUGUGUACUGUGUAUAAUAAUUAUGUAAAUAUAAAUACACACACAUGCAUGUAUAAUUUUAAGAAAAAAAACUAUUAAAAAAUCUAUAUAUUUAUUAUUUAUAAUUAUAUAUAAUAUAAUAUAAAUUAUAUUUAUAUUAAAAAUUGUUAUAUACACAUAUAUUUUUUAAAUAUACUUACAUUUGUAUGUAUUUAUUUAUAUAUACAUACAAAUACAAAAACUUUUAUUAUGCAAACGAUUAGUCGCGAUUAAUCGUUUUGCAGCCCUAUUAACCACCCAGCCAAAUUUGAAUGAUUAAAAAAUGGCAAGUAAAUAAAAUUAUUUAUUAAAAUCUUGAAAAAAAAACCUCAAACGUAGGGGGCGUGUCUGCUUUUGGCGACUGAAACCACGCCUACUGAAAGCUGCCAUCUCUCUCAACUAUCAAAUACCGCUACAACCUGAAUGCAUGCUCGCGAUUGUGUUAGGGGCGGGGCCAUGCUCGGUGGCUCCAGCUCCGCCCAAAUAAUCCUGAACACAGAAAUGUGUAAAAACUGUUUAACGGUGUAACUCCACAAUUCAGUACUACAUAGUUGACAGUUUUUGUAACGUGUUUCAGCAAUACAUUUCUAAAAAUGUAUAAUGCAUUUAGAAACCAUUCUUUGAAAUGACUUUACACAGACUUUAGCUUAUCCCAGCACUACAGAAUGUACACAUUGUACCAUUAAUAACUACAUUAAUUCCCAUUCUCAUGUGAAAUAUUGAUGAAUAAAGAUGUAACCAUGAAGUAGGUAGUAGCUACCUAACUAUUGCUAACCACUGUAACCACUUCUUACGAUUAUGGACAUAAGGAACAUGAAAAAUAGUAAUUAUUCCCUUUAAGGACGAGUAAUGUAUACCUCAUAUACCCGAUAUAUGCAAAAAGUAUUCUAAUAUAUAUAUAUACUGCAUCAGUGUUACGUACUGUAUGUGUUGGUGUUCAUCGUAUUUAUAAUAUUUUUUCUGAAAUUUUUGUUCAUAAGUUCAUAAAUUGUGAAUUAUGGAUCCUCAGUAUGUGCUUGGUAUGCAUGAUUGUCUGCACUACAGUUGAUUUACCGUCUGGUAUGUUCCCUUCCUUGUGCGAUGUAAAAUAUACGAUUUGUAUUUCGCAUGUUGCAUAAAAUGUCGAAGUGUCCUGUGUGGCCCUUUAUGGACAGUUUCUUUAUGGACAAUGUCAUGUUUGGACGUUUGUGGGCUUCAGCCAGACAAAUAUUGUGUCUGUGUGAAAGAGUUCAUUCAUGUGUGUAAUGAAAUUGACCUGCUCAUUAAAAACAAGCGUUUAAAUCAUA